CCCACCACGACCGCCUCCUGCCGCUGCUCCCCCGUGCCGCCAGCACACUGCCGCCCUCGGCCCGCCGCGCCUCUCCGGCCAUGGCGCGGCGCACCGCUGCCGCCGCUGCUGCUGGCGCCGAGCCCAUCUCCUCGCAGCUCAAGGACAGCUUCGUGCUGCGCUCGCUGCACGCGUGGAGCAACUCGCCGCGCUCCUCCAUCCUGUGCAACGUCGCAGAGGCGCAGGACCUGCUGGGCCAUGUCCUCGAUGACCGAGAGGCUUCGCCGCUCUGUCUGCAUCUUGGACAGCGCCCAACCAAGUUCGUCACUGUCCUCGGCCGCGUCGUUGGCUGCGAGGAUCGCGAGGGUUGGACGCGCCUCUGGGUCGACGAUGGCACUGCCGUCGUCUCCGUGCAGCACAACCACUCCGAUGUCAUCAGCGCCUCCACCGAGCCUGCCGCUCCCGUCGAGGCUCCCGCGCCGCCUCCAGUGAUGGAGGGCGUGCCAGCAGCCUAUCGUCCACGCCACGCGCCCGCACGCGCUCCGCCCGGCUCGAAGCGCUCUGGCGCGCCCGAUGCUGCCGAGCGCGCUCGUACUGGAGCUGCGGCUGCUGAGCGUGCACGCGUAGAUGUAGGCCAGGUCGUGCGUGUUUGCGGACGCAUGAAGCGCUUUCCUUGGGGCGUGGGCAUCGUCGUGGGCAAGAACACGUGGGGCAAGGGCGGCGGCGGCUUCGUUGGUGAGUUACUCCUGCUCAGGCGCGUGGCAGCAUAGGUACAACGCGACCCAAACGCCGAAGCGCACCAUAUUCUAGCAUGCGCCACGCUGCGUCUAACAUACAUGCGGCCUUUCGUGCUGCCCUCCACCACCGAGGAGCCGACGCCUUCAGCUGUCAAGCAGCGCGCCGCCGCCGGGCCCUAUUCGCGCACGCAUC